AUCAUCUGCCAGCCUCUGGGGGGAGGAAACGGGGAGGCCGAUAUUCAGAGCCACGAUGAGUUUGGGAAGGUUCCACAUGCUGACUGCAACAUUGCGCUUUGAUGACCGCUUGACCAGGGCAGCCCGCCGGUUGGUGCAGCAGGACAAGCUCGCUCCCCUGCGGGAAGUGUGGGACCUCUGGGCGGCCCGGCUCCCUCUCGCCUACAACCCCGGUGAAGAUGUCUGCGUUGAUGAACAGCUCGUCGGAUUCAGAGGUCGCUGCAACUUCAAGCAGUACAUGCCCUCAAAACCGGCAAAAUAUGGCAUCAAGCUGUGGGUGGUGUGCGAUGUGGCCACUUCUUAUGCCUGGGGGAUUAUUCCCUAUCUGGGCAAGACGACUCGAGACGCCCCGGCAGAAAGGGGGCAAGGGAAGCGGGUGGUGCUGGAACUCACGGAGGGUCUGAGCGGCCGCACUGUCACCACGGACAAUUUUUUCACCUCGCUGGUUCUUGGAGAGGAGCUGCUAAAAAAAAAAUCUGUCUUGUGGGAACAGUUAGGCGCAACAAGCCAGAGUUGCCCCCACAGCUGCUCCAGAUGAAAAGCAGAGCGGUUCUGUCCUCCCUGUUCGGCUUCACCUCCACCGCCACCGCGGUGAGCUACAUUCCAAAGCGCCGGCGGAACGUUCUGCUCCUCGGCACCAAACACCAUCAGGUUCAGAUCCAGGAGGGACCGCAGCAGAAGCCGACCGUAAUCAUCGAUUACAACCGCUGCAAAGGGGCAGUUGACAACUUGGACAAGCUCGUUGCAACAUACAGCUGCCGCCGCAAGACCAGACGUUGGCCCAUGUCGCUCUUCUGCAACAUGUUAGAUGUGAGCGCCUACAAUGCCCUGGUCCUGUGGCUGUCUGUGGAACCGGCCUGGAACCAACAGAAGAGGAGCAUCCGUCGAAGGCUGUUCUUGCAGGAGCUUGGGACCUCCAUGGUGAGACCAGCCCAGGCGAGGCGCACUCGCUUGCCGCGGUCCAGCAGCGCUGCAGCUCUGUUGGAGGUGCAGCAGCAAGUGGAGCCAGGUCCAGCCCAGGAGCAGACAAAGAAAAGAUGCCACCUUUGCAGAGGGAAGAGGAGCGUUCAUGCACGCUUUUGCCAUGCAUGUGGACAGGCUGUGUGCAAGGAGCACUCAACAGUUGUGUGCUCAGCCUGCAGCUGUUAGCUCACUCCCCUCUGUGUUUCUCUCUCUUCU